AUGGAACUACAAGGAAAUUCGAACGCCGCUAUCGCCACCCUAACGCUCUAUAUGCCAGGCGAAACGGAGAACGUCCUCUCCAUGGAGAAGUUCGACGGCAUGCUCGCUUCCGUCGAGUGCAAGAACGACAGCAUCGCCAUGACCUUUGAAGACGAUGCGACUUUCGCCUACGCACAGCGCGUGUGGGAUUGGGUCAACGGCGCAGACAACCACAGCUUUGUGAUGGUGGCCGGCCCAGGAGACUGCGGCAACAACACCAACAGGAUGCCUUUCGUCAUCACGGCGCUUCAGUACGACGAAGCAGCCAACAAGGCUACUCUUGCAGCAACCCAGAGUGAUUGGAUCACUGUUUCCCACAGUUACGAUCUUGUUGUCGGCUCUGUCGCGCAAACACCCGGAGACCUUCGGGCACGAGACAUAUCGAAGACUUCGUCCAUCGACUUCAACCACGACCUCACAGGCUCGUUCGCCCUCGGCAUCGGCAACCUUGAAGCCCGCGUCGCAUGCCUGAACUGUAGCACCGCGGGUCAGUUCGACAUGGAAUUCAAGAUCUCUCAAAAGUUCUUCGUCCCAACCGGAGCAUCUAUGAAAUUCUCCCCCAAGGGCGUCUCCGCUAUCGCGCAACUCAAACUCUCGGGUAGUGGAACCAUUACCGACUCUCUUACUAAGACCUUCGACAUCCUCUCCAUCCCCAUCAGCGGCAUCAAGAUCCCCGGCGUGCUGGAUCUUGGGCCUUUUUUGACGAUUGCUAUUGGCGCGGAGCUGUCGGCGAUUAGUCUUACCGCGGGCGUGACUUCGGGAGCUACGGGAGCGCUGAGCGAUGACGCGAUUGUGGAGAUGAAUCUGCUGGACCCGACGGAAAAUAAGUUCUCUGGAUGGAUGCCCACGAUUGAUAUCCUGGACGUCACGGUUGAUGCGUCGAUCAGCGGAGGCGUUGCAGUAUUUCUGCAGCCGAGUCUGGAAUUGAAGGCUGAAGCGCUUGGCAAGGGCUUCGAGAUCGGUCUGAACAUGAAGAUUCCCAACAUCAAUGCUAAGCUCACAGCGAUCGCAUCCCAAUCCGGCGCUUGUCCCAAAUCGGACCCUAAGACGACGCUCGGUGUAAAGAUCGGCACGAACAUUGGCGCUGCUCUCAACAUCAAGGCUCUAAAGAGUGGUGACGAGUCGGACCCACUGUUCACGUUACAACUCGCGGCUCUCGACAAGCCCAUCGCAGAGGUCUGCUUCCCCUUCGGACCUGAGGUCGGCAGUGGCAAUUUGACGGCGAGGUGGAUAGGCCAUCCUCAUAAACGCCUGCCCGCUCCCUUGUACUGA